AUGGUAGCACGUGAAGUUAGCUCGCUACAAAAAUGGUACGCAGUGCGACGCGGCAGGAACGUUGGGAUUUUCUCUACCUGGGAGCAGGCACGUGAACAGAUCAAAGGGCUGGACUGGGCUGAGAUGAAAACCUUCGAGCGUACUUCGAUGGUCGAUGGAGCUGUAGAUCGUGGUUUGUUGUCAGCAAAGAUCUGGCUUCGCAGUGGUCAGAAUGAGGAAUGCGCGAAGCAUGCUCCACAAACUGCUCCCAUUGUACGGGAGUUGAAUGCAGUACCUUUCCACAAAUUACCAGAGAAAGUCCCAGAUCAGGUUUCCUGUGAACAGGAUGAGCUAGUUGUUAAUCCCAGCUGCUUUGCUCUGAAGGCCAAUGUAAGCCCCCUGUUGGCAAGCGCUUACACUUUUGGAAUGUAUCAUGCUGUCAGACUGAAUUCUGCCGAUAGUGCAACCAACUGCUACAGACAAGUUGCAAGAAAGUUGGAUGAGCAAAGGAAGCGAGGUUGUGAGGACGUCAUCCGACUGAAGUCGAUAGAGAGCUUGAAGAAGUUCGAUGGAAUCAAGUUGGGCGGGAAGAAAAGGAGAGUUGACUGUCAAGAAAAUAUCCUGCCCUCAUCGGACAGUGAUGACUCCAUGCGGACAACGAUGGCCUCAUCCCCAACUGAGCUUACCACCAAAUCGCGCAAGUCAGAUCUGAUUAACUUCUCAAGGAAGGUGCAGUUUGUGUUUUAG